AAAUUGUGAUAUCGGAGAUGUGUAUGUUGUAGGUGGACCAGCUGCUUUUCAACCGGAUUCUCUGGUUUGUGCUGCUGCGAUACACGCUGAUGCAGCCCCAGUUGGAAGUGCGGGUGCCGUUGUUGUUGAAACAACCAGGGAUUAUAUUAUACGCCAACGCUCCUUUUUUACGUGGAACUAACCCAAGGCUGUUAACUACGUAUGACCUUGCGUUCAGAUUUUCAAGCACCAUAAGGGAUACAAAAGGUGGUUGCGAUUUUUUUAUAUUAGCUACAAUAGAUCCAGAUUGCUUACAAACCAUGUCAGGCCAACCAAGUUCAUUCAUAUUCACUUGCCCGGAUAACUGCAGCCCGAACUUGGUUGAUAUCGUGGGAGACGGAAUAUACAAUGACAAAACACCAAUAUGCCUUGCAGCUAUUCAUGACGAACAGAUAACUGCUUCUACCGGAGGUGUCGUUAUUGUGAAUAAACGCCCAGGCCAGCCAGGAUUUAGUGGAAGCACACGUAAUGAUAUCACCAGUAUCAGUGGAGGACCAGACGAUGGUUUUGAUUUUUCCGACUGCAUCAACGGAUCCCCCUACAAGUUCUCCGUCGGUCGAUUGUUCUUGCACUGCGAAUUGGUUCGGAGAAGCGUGUAAUAUAAUGUGUGUUGAAGGAAGUUACGAUGCUUCGAAUAAUUCUGCAUGUACCUGCAAUUCUGGAUGGGUUGGACCUAUGUGCAAUUUCCCAAUAUGUUAAGUUCUGCUGAGGAAGACUGAAGAAAUUAUAGUUUUUUGAUUCUGCUCAUAUACAUACACAUUGUUUUUACUUGUU